GGUUCUGUGUGGCUACUUUCCAGUCAUUACCUCAUUUAUACUUUACACCAACAUUCAGAGACCUAGAGGAUCAAGACAUAAUGGGAGCAUUUUUAGACAAGCCAAAGAUGGAAAAGCAUAAUGCCCAGGGGCAGGGUAAUGGGUUGAGAUACGGGCUAAGCAGCAUGCAAGGAUGGCGAGUUGAAAUGGAGGAUGCGCAUACGGCUGUGAUUGGUUUGCCAAGUGGACUUGAGACAUGGUCAUUCUUUGCUGUGUACGAUGGGCAUGCUGGUUCUCAGGUUGCCAAAUACUGCUGUGAGCAUUUGUUAGAUCACAUCACCAAUAACCAGGAUUUUAAAGGGUCUUCAGGAGCACCUUCUGUGGAAAAUGUAAAGAAUGGAAUCAGAACAGGUUUUCUGGAAAUUGAUGAACACAUGAGAGUUAUGUCAGAGAAGAAACACGGUGCAGACAGAAGUGGGUCAACAGCUGUGGGUGUCUUGAUUUCUCCCCAACAUACUUAUUUCAUUAACUGUGGAGACUCAAGAGGUCUACUUUGUAGGAAUAGGAAAGUUCACUUCUUCACACAAGAUCACAAACCAAGUAACCCGCUGGAAAAAGAACGAAUUCAGAAUGCAGGUGGCUCUGUAAUGAUUCAGCGUGUGAAUGGCUCACUGGCUGUAUCCAGGGCCCUUGGGGAUUUUGAUUACAAGUGUGUCCAUGGAAAAGGUCCUACAGAGCAGCUUGUCUCACCAGAGCCUGAAGUCCAUGAUAUUGAGAGAUCUGAAGAAGACGAUCAGUUCAUUAUUCUUGCAUGUGAUGGUAUCUGGGAUGUUAUGGGAAACGAAGAGCUCUGUGAUUUUGUAAGAUCCAGGCUUGAAGUCACUGAUGAUCUCGAGAAAGUUUGCAAUGAAGUAGUUGACACCUGUUUGUAUAAGGGAAGUCGAGACAACAUGAGUGUGAUUUUGAUCUGUUUUCCUAAUGCACCCAAAGUAUCUCCAGAAGCAGUGAAGAAGGAGGCAGAGUUGGACAAGUACCUGGAAUGCAGAGUAGAAGAAAUCAUAAAGAAGCAGGGGGAAGGCGUUCCAGACUUAGUCCAUGUGAUGCGCACAUUAGCAAGUGAGAACAUCCCCAGCCUCCCGCCAGGGGGUGAAUUGGCAAGCAAGCGGAAUGUAAUUGAAGCCGUUUACAAUAGGCUGAACCCUUACAAAAAUGAUGACACUGACUCUACGUCAACUGAUGAUAUGUGGUAAAACUGCUCAUCUAGCCAUGGAGUUUACCUUCACCUCCAAAGGAGAGUACAGCUCAACUUUGUUGAACCUUUUAACAUCCACCCUCAACUUUCAGGAAGGGGAGAUAUGACUUGGGUGAGAGUGAUUACACCAGAGAACUUCAGCAGUACAACAGCUAGCCCAGAACUGAUUUUUUUUUUUUGUAAAUUUGAGACUCAAUAUAAACAUGAUUUCAAACCAUAAUUCAUGUUGUAAAUCAGACUCCAGCAAUUUUUGUUGUAUGAUUUUUUUUUUUGUAAAGUGUAAUUGUCCUUGUACAAAAUGCUCAUAUUUAAUUAUGAACUGCUUUAAAAUCACUAUCAAAGAUACAAGAAAUAUUUGGCUUGUGUGAUGCAACAGAUAUAUAGUCCUUUCAAGUCAUGUUGUGUUUGGACUUGGGGUUGGGACAGGGAGAGCAGCAGCCACGUCAGCUAGAUGCUCAAACACGCAUGUAAUGGCGGAGAAUAAUCUCACAACCUUACAAAGCUGAACAUUCGAGGAGUUGUGGAAAGCUGCCUUCAUGUUCUUGGCAGAGGAUUGGCAUGGUUGGUACAGCCGUUCGCUUCACUUCACUUCACUGUCUUUCAGGAUGUUGUCUCCGUGUUGCCACGAGUAUUGCAGGUAAUACAGUAUAUUCAUAUGAAGAGCGAUCUUGGGGCUAAAAUGCCUGAUUCUUUGCACCUCUUUUACAAGUCCUUACAUUUAAUUACUAAUUGAUAAGCAGCAGCUUCCUAUAGAAAGUAGGAGACUGCCACAUUUUUGCUAUCAUGAUUGGCUGGGCCUGCUGCUGUUCCUAGUAAGAUACUCUGAAUUCCAUUUUAUCAAUAAAGCUUGAUUUAACAAACAAGAAAUUUAA